CACUAGGACAUUUAAGCUAGUUUAAAGGCGAAAAAUCCGGAAACGCAGUGAAAACAGCCGAGUAAAGCAUAAACUAGCUUAAAAUURCCAAGUGUUUUCACUUAUGAAAUCGACACAAAAGCACCGGAAAUCGAGCACAUUUUAAACUACCUCGAUACAUGGUUUAACUUUGCCAAGUAAACACACCGACCAAUCACAGCGAUCGUCACGCUGAGUUUUUGACGGAUGUUUGCCAGAUCGAUUACAUCUUGCAUACUUUCAGUGCCUCGUGUUCUUUCGUGUUCUUUGCAUCGAUCUUCGUUGAAUAAUAUAACCAUGGCAGAUCCUUCUGAUAAUAAUAACGUUCCUUCUUCAAAUUCUCCAAAUUUCAGGUAAGCUUUCAUUGCAUAUUUAUCUAAGUUAUCUUUAGUUCGUUCUGAGUAACGCAUGAUAUCUUUGACUUAUUAUACAGACUUAGUUAUUGACGAGCUUUGUUUUUCUUACAGAAAUCGCUUUAAUAUUCCUCCAUUGCAUUUGUUAAAUGCCCAAAACCAACAGCAACCCGGCCCAUUGCUUUUCAGACCUGGGCAGUACUUCAAUCCCGACCCAAGCCGAAACACAACACUAUUUUUCCCGCCGUCGCAGCCAUCUGACCCAAGCCGAAACACAACCACGCUAUAUUUUCCUCCAUCACAAUCUUCGUCGAUUACUGACCCAAGCCGAAACACAACCACUCUAUAUUUUCCUACGUCGCAGCCAUCUUCGUCAGGUGCUGACCCAAGCCAAAACACGACACUAUAUUUCCCUCCGCAGUCAUCUUCAUCACCGGACUCAACUCCAAAGCCAGGUCGCGGCAAAAACUGGUCAGACCAGGAGACCAGAUAUCUUCUAGAUUUAUGGCGAGACCACUUCCCAAUAAGUAAGAAAAGAAAYGCAGCAAUAUGGGAUUCAAUUGCAAAGGAAUUAAAUCAACAGUUGAAAGAUCAAGGGCUAAAAAGCUUUAGAAGUGGUGCGCAAUGCAAAGCCYGCGUCAAAGCAUUGGAGGACGAGUACAAGAGGGUCAAGGRCCACAACAACAGAUCGGGAACUGACGAUAAAACGUGCGACUACUACGAUGAAUUAAAUGAUGUUUUAGGCUGUAAGCCUAAUAUUACACCAAAAURCACACUAGAUURUGGACUCAGCGAAGAUGAAAUCGAGUCGGUAGACGACAGCCCUCGCUCAGAGAGAAACACGACUGAAUCUCCAGAGGCCAACGACCAAAACAGCAAUUCUGCGAAAGGGAAGCGACCAGCAGCUAAAAGCAAGCAGCCAGCAGCAAAAAGAAAACCAAACAAACAAAAGGAAGAACAAGAUUCCUCCGUCGAGUUAUUUGAUUUCUUGAGGCAAAGCCAAGAUAGGGAUCAUGAGUUCUUUGAGAAGCUCGCGGAAAAGGAGGCAGACCGCGAGCUCAAAAGUCAGAAGUUGAUGUUCGACGCGAUCAAGGAGGUAGCCAAAAUAUUCAAAGACAAUAAUUGAUUCAACCUAUAAACUAUAAACCCCGCAAGGUUGUCAAUAGAUUGAACAAUAGUCAGUUUCGUUACUUAAGUGCUCAAUUGAAAAUAAUAAUACUAGCUUUGUUACACAAAGCCCAUAAAAAUAUAUGCACAACUUUUCAUCCUUUCAUUUUAUUCUAUUCAAAUAUAGUUUUCACUAUAAGCUUUCUAAUAAGUAUUUUACAGUCAAURAGUAAUAUACAUAUCURAAAAAUARAAUUGAGAACAAUAACAUGCAAGUCAAUGUUGCUUUAUAUUGAAAUUACUACAUAAUAAACUGAUUCAGAAUAAUGUGUCCAAAAUGUGAUU